AUGGAUCAUCUAUCUUCUUCCUCGUCGGCGGCGGGGGCCACUACUACCUAUAUCCAGCAAUCUGUCAGCACCUUCCAGCAGGAUGUUCCUAGACAAACCUACACGACUGCCGGUACCAUCUACAACCCCAGUACCGCCCAGCAGCUCCAGCCUCCCGUUCGUCGCGGCCGCACUCUCAAGUGGCCUGCCCAGGGAGCCGCUGCUUCUGAGCUGUCUCUCUUUCCCAAGUCAGUUCUUGCCGGCUUGCCUCUCAAGUCCCAGAAUCUCGUCACUACACCCACCAGUCCUCGCCCACCUCAGAUUCCCAAGUACUCGCCUCUUCAGCAGAACUACGACCGCGCCGUCAGCCCUCUCACCGACUACAGCCUUGAGUCUCCGAAUGAAUUGGACGUCCCAAGCAUUUCGUCUUCCUCUCUCAUGCCAUCUUACAGCAUGGAUAGGAAUCAAGCCUCACCAGCUGCUGCUGCCAUGCCCACACCUGUCGUGAAGAAGCAUGUCGAUGCCAACUCGACUGACAAUGAAGACGAUGAGAGCUCUGGCGAGAAUCCUCUUCGAGGCCUGACUGUCAAGUCUCUCCACAACUUGGCAUCAUACCCCAAUCCGAACCAGAAGAGAGCUCAGAGGGCCCUUCUUCGUUCUCGGCCGGGUGCAACGCCGGCUCCAUCUGCUGGCAACAUCAGCCGCACAGCCACUCCGUCUUACGGAGCCCAGACCUUUGAGGGUUUCGAUGUGGGAAAUGACGGCUCACAUUCUCCUGCUCUAUUCCAUUCUGCCAAGACGGAUCCGAACGACAUUCUCAAGAUGAAAGCCGAUACAUCAAGCCAUGGCCCUGACAACUCCGGGCACAUCAACUGCACAGGCCCGCCCCCUGGUCUUUUCCCAGCAGCCACUAUCAAGAGAGAUCCCCCACAGGCAGCAUACAAGUCUACUCUUGCAACUGGCCCAGGCGCUCCUCGUCCCCUGACUGCAGGCCCCCCGGGUCACCGACAGUAUCGGACAUCAACGUUCGAAACCACGAUGAAGGCCCUCAACAAUGGCCCGAAAGAGAUGCCGCUCGACGGACUCUUGUCGGGUCAAACGACUUUGGGUCCGCAAAAGCACAUGACACUCGAACCCAUGAGGUCCCGGGGCGCAGAGACACCCAUUCAUCUUAAAAGCCCACUCGAAUCCCUUCUCUGCGGCUCUACACCCGACACAGACGACUGCUUCCAGGACGUCGUCGACGAGGCGCGAAAAGUGUCUGAUCAACAGAUGGAGAAGGUUCUAGAGUUUAUCAAGCUUGGACAGAACAUGAACGAAGCCACAAGCCGUGCUCAGGCUGCAUCCGCCAUGCCUAUAGUCUCUAGUGAUGACUGGCAAGCCGACUAUCCCAAGACCGCUCGGCCUCCCUGGACGGAGGGUACGUGGGCCAUUACGGAUGAUGCGCUCCAGAAACGCAACGAGAGAAUCAGCCAGCUAUUUCAUGCGGGCACAGGCGCGCUUGGCAAAUCAAUGAUGGCUGUUAUCCAGGAAAAGGAAUUCCGUGACUUCAAGCGCCAGGUCGGUGUCAUCGGUGACCGACGACCCAAGGCCAAGGCUGAGAAGACUGAGUACCCGCCCAUCAAGGUCGCUCAGCUGAACAACAUGUCGGUCUCGGAGGCGACAGAACCCUUUCUCACCAUGGCCUAUUCUGCCCUGGUGAACCACCAGGAGGGAGCUCACGAUCACCCUCAAUUCCAUCAGUGGGAAGACCCAGACCCACGCAUGGUCGACAGGUCUGCUCAGGGUCUCCGAUCAGUGUAUAGACGGUGA